AGCAGGGAUUGGAAGUGGAAGUGGAUGAAAGGCGGUGCGUCGUUGUUUUCCAGUUCAUAAAUUUUGUGUAUUUUAUCACAGUUCCUUUAUUAUACCUUUGUAGCAGUCAUCCUGGUAGGAAAAUGUCGAUGUCUACAUUUCAGAAGGUUACGCUUGUGUCAUGUCUCGUCCUCUGUGCCUCUCUGCUCCUCCCAAAAAUGCUGUUAUCCAGAGGAAAGAAGGAAGUAGGGCAGCCAGAGGUUGGGCAGGGGCGGUUUCCUCCCAUGAUGCACCGGCAGCAGAUGCCUGACGGCCAGUGGGGGGCGGGGUCUCCCUACUCCAGGGCUCACAGCGCCGAGGCCGUUGCCAAGGGCAAGGGUGGAGGGGUCGGAGGAGGGGGCAAAUCCAACCUCAUGGGGCAGAUCAUUCCCAUCUACGGCUUUGGGAUCCUGCUCUACAUUCUCUACAUCCUAUUUAAGAUCACAUCCAAGGGUAAAAUUACAAAGCCUGAGACCAGAUUCCCUGCCCUGAAAUCUGAAAACAUGAAGAGAAAAAUAACGGAUUACGAGCUGGCACAACUGCAAGAGAAACUGCGGGAGACAGAGGAGGUGAUGGAGAGGAUCGUGUCUAAAGCAGGCCACAGUCCCAACAGGAUGAAGAGCGUGACGGUGGAGCACGAGGAGAAGCUGCUGCGGCAGCUGAAGGAGAUCACGCGCGUGAUGCAGGAGGGGAAGCUGAUCGAGGGGAUGGACGGGGUCUCCCCCGAAAUGGAGGCCGAGGAGGCGUCCUACACCGAAGACUGGGAAGGGUACCCAGAGGAAACAUACCCUCAGUACGAGGAGCCCUGCUGCAGGCAGAACUACGACACCGUCAUCCUGGAGGACCCCAAAACUGACCUCCCCACCCCAGAGGAGCUGGCCGAGAGAAUGGAGGAAGAGCCGGAGGGGGCGGAGAUAGAGCUGGAGGAGGCGGAGCCGGAGCCAGAGCCAGAGAACCUGCCCCAGGACAGCGAGGGAGAGAGGGUGAGGCACAGGGGAGGGAAGCAGAUCAGCUUCAGGGAGCAGAAAGACGUGUAUCACUACCCCGAGGAGGGAGCCAGUGACGACUAUGACAAUGAGGUGGCAGGGGACCAGAUGGAGGAAGAGGAGGAGGAAGAGGACCCCGUGGUGCUGGCAGAGAGACUAAGCUUCAGCUGCCAGGUAUCCAGCCAGUCACCCGAGCUGGAGGACGCGGAGGCGGAGGAAGAGGAGGAGCUCUUCCUUUCGGACGAGUCCCAGGAGAGAGACAGGAGGGGCGAGUCUGACCUCCUCGCGGAGCUGGGCCUCGCUGCACUCAGGAAACGCGGCAGGAAGGAGGCGGAGUGAAAACCCUGCUGAGACAGAACCGCACGUUUCUCUCACCGCUCCGCAAAAACACCCACCUUAGACCUCCUCCACCUUCUCCCUGUAACAUUAGCACCCCAGCCCAGACUGUCUGAUCACCCAGCUGGCUGCAGUCUGAGUCUCAGUAUCUGCCUGUUUGUGCAUGCUGACAUUAGGUUGAGAAGUUUGGCUUCCUGGUCACAUGUGACAUCCAGCCACACCCUAAGAGUUUCUCUUCCCACGCUCAGGUGACAGUGGCAGUGUCUGUACAUGUGAGGGAGUGGAAGUGGUGCAUUUCAGAUUGACUGCAUGCAGGCCCAGCAGAGGGAGGUGUAUGCAGUACCUAGCCUCUCCUUUGGGGGCAGUGUUUAACCUGUUGUUUCUCCCCAGUCACUGCUUGUGUAGUGCUGGGCUCCCCAACCUUGGUCCUAGAGGGCUGAAAGGUCUGCUAGUUUUUCUUUACAUCUUUACAUCAACGACCAGAUGUGAUCUCUCCUGAUGGCUUCAGUCAAUUAUGAGAGACAAGUUAAAGGCAUACUAUGCAGGAUUUCAGGAUUUUUUGCCUUGCUGUGGUCCUGUGUUUACAAUGAAAGAUGUUUCCUCCAUCCUCAACCCUGUCCAUUCACUUCCAUUUUUAUAUAUUAAAUCCGCUUUUAUUCCGUUUUUAUUUUUAUAUCUCCGGUUUUCGAUAGCUGUCACCAUCGAGGAAAAGCAAUUCCAAGAUUGACUCUGGUUUGUGAACAAGCCUUGUCACCUUGUCAUUUUGCUUUGCUGUACUUGUGCUUCUCUCACCAUUGCAGUAACUAGCUAGCUCUUUGCUGAAACACGAUCCCACCCCACAGGCUCUGUAGCCACACCCACCCCUCCACACAGCAGAGCAUCACGCCUAGAAACAUCCCAAGCACAUCUGUGGAAGAAUAACUAUAGGCAGAAAGGCACAGAUUUGGCAAAUGUGCUGAAAGAGAUUGCCCGUGCAUCAUACAUAUGACUGGUUAUUUCAUAAUAUUUUCCAGGUAAAAAUCCUGCAUAGCAUCCCUUUAACUAUAUAAACAUCUGAUUUAAGUGAACAAUUUAGUACUGUGCAACAGUGAAAUCUAGCAGACUGUUUGGCUCUCCAUUACUAGGGAUUGGACACUUCUGCUCCAGACUGGACACUGCAUUACUGUAUUUACUAGCUUUUAAUGUAACACUUCCUUAGCUUUGUGCAAGAACUUUAGAAAACACUGUAAUUCCAAUAAACAUAUCAGUCCUCUAUUUAUUUAAGUAUGUAAGAUCACACGAAUCAAAAAAUAUUGUGCAGGGAUGGGGUUUUUAUUUUUUAAAUAAAAAUAGUUAUCCAUUUGGUUGA